CAAUAAACUGAUGACGCCGCCCGACGUUCAACAAGCAGCACAACAAGGAAGUACUUCUCAGUUUAACCCGACAAGAGUCAAUGUUUUCGUUGUAGCACAAGUAAGUAAAGCUCUAAAAUCAUCUAACCGCAUUGUGAAAAGGAUGUCUGUUGGAAGCCCAGAGGAGAGGACAGUGGAGGUGCUGGCGCUGCCUGAAGGAAUAGAUGAAGAGCUGCUGUGCCUUUACUUUGAGAAUAAGAAGCGUUCUGGGGGAGGUUCGAUUGAAUCUGUGGGGAAGAGGGGCAACCAUGUUGUACUGGUUUUUGAGGAGGCAGAAGCUGCUGCCAGAGUGCUGUCUAAAGGCCAUCAUGUUCUGCAUAAUAUUGAGCUGAUUGUAAGAAAGCCUCCAUCAAAGGACCCAUGCAGACUGCUCCUGCGAGGGAUCAAUCCUGGUACCUCCUUGGAAAUGAUAGAGCUCUAUGUUGAGAACAUGAUGGACCUCAACAUGACCGACUACACCUUGCACCCAUCACCAGGCAGUGAUUUUGUCCUUAUUCACUUCUGCCAACCCUUCUCAAAAGAUUUUCAAACUCUCAGCGCAAAAAUCUCCAAGAGAAAACUGGUUGGUGCCGAGGUCACUCUCGAACAGAUUGAGCAGACGGACUCCGUCCUUGUAGAGAACCUGCACCCGGGUACCACAACCGACCUGCUGUCUUUGUACUUUGAGAGCGCGCGAGGUGGGAAUCAGACGGUGAAGGAGGUCACCAUGCUGUCAGAGGGAGCAGCAAAAGUGUCAUUUGCGAACUAUGAAUCUGUGGAUCCCGUCCUGAAUCUUCAGCACAAACUGGAUGAUACAGAACUUGUAGUGAAGCCCUACUAUAACUUUCUCCAACCGACACCAUCGCAAGAUGUUGAAAUUGAGAGCCAAGAAGUCACAGAGACGAGCUCAGAGGACCUGAAUGUUAUCCAGCAGCAGACUGGUCCCAUCCUUGCAGAUGCAGACCAGCCCUCUCCUGCUGAGCCAUCAGACAGCAGUCACUCCUCCUCUUCUCAGACAGCUUUGGACUCUCCUGCUGCUGGUGAAACAGUAGAAAUGGUGGAAGAGGAGGUCAUGGAGGAUGAAACUGAUGAAGCACAAACACUAACUUGUGAUUUAGCCAUUACAGACCCAGUAAAAUAUUCUUUGUUUCAGUGCAGCUCUGUUUAUGAAGACAUACAGAAAACCAAUCCAGAUUUUAGCAUCCAGAUUAAAGAUGAUUGUGUCCACAUUGCAGGACCUAACAGACUUCAAGUAGAGCAGAUAAAACACACAAUCAUGGACUUUAUUGGCAAUAUGGUAACUGUUCAUUUCACCCUUGAGCUGGAACAGGCCCAGUUACUUGCGAGAAAAGACGUGGAAGAGCAGCUGCUGAAAGCCAUGCAUCAGCCAGACUCUCCUGCUUCGUACUCUGUUUUAGACACUAAUGUAAUGGUAACAUCCGUAUCCCAGAGUGCAGCUGAUCAGGCGUGUAGCUUCUUAAAAUCCCAAGUCAGUCAUUUGAGCAUAACUGUGGACACGGAGCUUGAGUGUAUGCUGUAUUGCAGAGAGUGGAAUCACUUCCUGCAGACUCUGGGCUUCACCUGUGUGAAGGUGUCAGAACGAGGAGGGAAUAUUGAUGUCCUGACAUUGAAAGGGAUGGAGAAUGACAAACGGACUGCAAUCCUGGAGUUUUUGAGCACACCCAUCGAAAGUGAGUCUGUCAUCUCUAUGGAUCCCAACAUGCUGAAGUACAUCCAGAUUCACUGUCACCAGCUACUGGCGGACAUGGACCAAGUGUCAAUUGUUCCACUAGAGGCUGAAGAUAGCUCUGGUUUAAAGAUCCAUGGCCAUGCAGUUGCAUGUCAAAUGGCAGAGGAGGUGCUUCAAGGUGUGGUCUCGUCUAUCUGCACCCGAACCAUCACAGUAAAUGCUCCAGGAGUGACCCGCUUCUUAGAUGAAAAGGAGUGCAGAAGCAUUAUGAAUGAGAUGGAGACCAAGUUUCAGGUCUACAUCAGCCCAGAGUAUGUGCCCUGGAAGCCCCUACAGCACCAGGAUGUUUUUGAAACUGCAUGGAAGAUGAUGUCCCACAAAAACUUCCAGAUAGUGUCUACGAAUGACUCUACACCCGAGCUGAAAUCGAAUCCAUUGCCGAUGGAUCUUAAUGGAGUUUCAAACAAAGGCCUGCUAGAGGAGGCAAAGAGAAUCGUCUCGGCUAUUGAUAAAAGCCAGGAGGAGGAAGUGGCUGCUGCAGACCAGCUCGUUGAUGUGGAUCACAUGGACUUGUACAUGGCAGACGAACCAGGCAGCCUGACAGUCCUGGACUCUGAUACAACAGCCGCUGAAACUUCCCAGCCCUUGGCUGAUCAGAAUGCUGCGAGUGGACCACUCCUGAUGACUGAUGGUGUUCUGGCAUUCGCGAGUAAUCUGGAAGAAGAGGCCCAGCUGUCUUUAGCCAUCCAGUUCUCUAUGGAGUCAAGCCAGUGGACUCUGGCCGAUGAGGAGGAACAGCUUCAAAAAGCUUUGGAGUUAUCCAAGAAAAUGACUCAUAAUGAAUCUGGCUCCAGUGCUACCAACAAGAGCCCUCAGGUAGAUCUGCAGGAGAAGAAAAAUGUUCAUAUAUCCUUGCAGGAUGCCAUAAAAGCAGCGAACACCAUCCACCUGCAUGUGUUUGCAGGGUAUAGCUGCGACCUGAUUCGAGUGGACAUCGCCUUCAAUAAGAAAGUGAGCCAGAGGCAGGUUGAGGAGAAGCUGGAGCACAGGAAUGUAGGGAACAUAUCUGAUUACCACAGGAAAUGCUUGGAGGUGAUCAUGUGGAAGCACGCAGUCAGGAUUGAACUCGAGGGAACCAUCAUUGCUGUGUCUGGGUUCAAGGACUAUGUGGCCGAAGCGAUGUGCGAUGUGAAGCUGCUGAUGGACAAAAUCUGUAACGCUGUGACUGACAAAGAAAUCCUGAAGACUGUCCAGUGGGAACGCCAUCUGACAUCGUCAGACUCAACACCUUAUUCUCCUGAUGCUACGGUAUUUUUAGAGAAUUCUUGGAGGAUGAAGCUGAAGAAGGUUGAUAUCUUGCUCGACAAUCAACCCCACAUCAUCGACUUUGAGAAGAUGACGGAGUGUAACGUAGCCUCAGAGAAAUCUGUGAAGAUCUCCAGGAAGCUUCUUGAAUUAGCUGAUUUGACUGGUGACGUACCAGUGGAGGAAUACUCUCUGCUGUCAAACAUGCCUGAAGCAACCAAAGUGGAUGAGGAGUCUGAUGAAUUUCAGAGCGUGGUGAGGACUUUCUAUGAGACCAUACACGAGUACCACAGCAAAAUCCGGAUCAUACAGGUGGAGAAGCUCAUGAAUAGACUGCUGUACAAUCAGUACAAGCUGAAGAAGGCGAGCAUACUGCAGCGAUCCUCGCAUCCGGCAGUGGAACGGACUCUCUACCACGGCACGAGUCAGGAGAGUGUGAAAGAAAUCUGUGUUCAUGGAUUCAACAGGAGCUUCUGUGGAAAAAAUGCCACCGUCUAUGGUCAGGGGGUGUACUUUGCUGUAAAUUCCUGUCUGUCUGUAAAGAGUCAGUACUCGCCCCCAAAUGCGGACGGAUACAAGUUUAUCUUUGUGUCAAAAGUUCUGACGGGAGACUUCACUAAAGGCGACCAUUCAAUGAAAACAGCGCCUCUGAAGGAGACCGGCGACGUUCCCCUCAGAUAUGACAGCGUAACCGAUGACAUCACCAAGCCGACAAUGUUCGUCAUCUUCAACGAUACGCAAGCUUUUCCAGAAUACCUCAUUACUUGUCAGCAAAUCCACCGCUGAGGGAAAGAAGGAGUUCGUUCCCAUUUUUAAUGGUUCUGCCAUGAUUUAAAAAGUGCAUUUUAAUGUUAAAGGGCUUCAUUAUUAAAGUGCCCAGUUUGAUCAGCCACAGUGAUUAUAUUUCAUCAGGUCUGAAGCUAGUUGGGGUUUUUCAUUUUCACUUUAACUCUUUAAGGAAUUGUGAUGAAGAAGAAAUGAGCCGGUUUAGUUGUAAGGGCUUGUUUAACAGCGUUCAGCACGGUUUGGCUCUUUGUGCUGUGUUUACUGCUGAUGUGACUCAGCAUUUAAUUCAGUUUUACUUGCAGUUUGAUGGGGAAAUCUUUGCCUUACCUUUGUGCAUGAAGCACUUCUUUAUGCUGGUGUAUUGCCUACAUGCUGGACUGGACCAUGAAACCACAACAGAUGACCAAAUGUAAAAAUAAAAUAAAAUGACAAAAUGAAAGAAAAUUCCUCAGAUUUAAAAUAAAUUUGUGCAGGAUUUUCAAAGCUUGUAAAACUUUUAUCUUGGCACCCAUCCAAUAAGGAGCUGAGUCCAGACUUCUGGAAAACUGAUUCUAGUUUGCAUCUGCAAUAACAUGUUAAAACUCCAAAGGCAGACAACUUUUUUUUAUAAAAACUCCACCCAACAACUAAACUAAUUGGGUUUGAUUGACCAUUCUUUUCUUCUACAGACAGUUCUGCCAUAUUCACUGCUGUUAGUACUUCUGGUAGAGGUUAAUGAAAACAAACAAGCUUGUCUGGGCCAGUUUUAUAUCUAUUUUCUGUUCACAUGCUUCCUGUAAGUUUUCUAGAGGUAACUAUGUAGUCCAAAUUUGGUCAUUUUUUGUCUUUCUUUCUUCCUGGUCAUGCAGGAAUAGUUUCUACAUGAGGGUUAAAUGGAUUGAAUAAAGAUGAGCAACAGCUCCGAGUCCACUGCUUUACAUGUUAACCAAAAGCCCAACAGCUUGCCAAAUUUAGCACAUACUCUGUAUCAUCCUUUAUCAUGCAGCUGACAGUGUUUUCUUUAACGUUUUGAGCCAAGAGAUCGGUGAUCUGUUGAAACCUUUUGCAUCCAUCAUAACUACUAUUUACUGAAUAAAACAGAGUAACCUGUGA